CUUGAAGCUCAUAAAGAAGUAUGGUAUCAUUACACUGAAUGAUCAGACAAAAAUAUCUCUGUCCCAACAAAAACUCCCCGGUCUCCCCCGUCUCUGCAUUACUGUACAAUAACACCUCUAACCCUCUCACCAUUAUCGACACAAACUAGUCAAAGAAUUCAACUAUUCAAGUCGUGCUUCCUUCCUAUCCUUUUGAAAUGUUUAUACACAGAAAGUUGACUUCGAGAGGAUAAACUCUAGCUGUAUCCACUUUAAGUGGUCGCAACUUGAUGAUGAUUGAGUGAUAUCCUGAUUCAAGCGUUCCUAUCCUAUUAUUCUAGUGGUAAUUCUACUACUCCUGGAUUCUUGAGGCAUACCCAUUUUUUCAGGAUGCUAUUGCAUAAUGCUUAGGGGCAUCAGCUAUGAUUCUUUUUCCAGUGAAUAUAGGUUACAUCUUCAAGUUCUCUGCCCUUCUGCUUUUGAGUGAUUUCUUGGACCAAGAAAAAGUAGGCUAAGAUAAAUUUCUGGAAAGUCAUGGCUGAAGAUGAUUUCUAUACAAAAGAUGGGACAGUGGAUUACCAGGGAAACCCUGCCAAUAAAAAGAAAACUGGAACCUGGAAAGCCUGUCCCUUUAUUAUUGGAAAUGAAUGUUGUGAAAGAUUGGCCUACUAUGGGAUGAGCAGCAAUCUGGUGCGCUACUUUAAGCAUCGACUCAAUCAACAUAGUUCUGUUGCUACUAGAAAUAACCAGAACUGGAGUGGAACGUGCUACAUCACACCAUUGAUCGGAGCAUUUCUGGCUGAUGCUUACCUGGGAAGAUAUUGGACCAUUGCCCUUUUCUCAACUAUUUAUGUCUUUGGAAUGACACUUCUGGCAUUGUCUGCAACCGUACAUGGCAUCAGGCCAAGGUGUUACGCAGAAGAUAACUGCAACCCAACAGUUACGCAAAGUGCAGUGUUCUUUGUAGCUCUUUACAUGGUUGCACUGGGAACAGGAGGAAUUAAGCCUUGUGUCUCAUCGUAUGGAGCAGAUCAGUUCGAUGACACCGAUGAAGCUGAGAAGAAGCACAAGAGCUCUUUCUUCAAUUGGUUUUACUUUUCCAUAAAUAUCGGUGCUCUUAUUGCUUCUUCUGUGCUGGUCUGGGUACAGGAUAAUGUGAGUUGGGGAUGGGGUUUUGGAAUUCCUGCCAUCGCUAUGGCAGUAGCUGUUACAUUUUUCUUUUCAGGUACUCGUUUGUACCGGAACCAAAAGCCUGGAGGCAGCCCUCUCACACGCCUCUGUCAGGUGCUGGUGGCAUCCUUCAGGAAAUUUCGAUUGGUGGUACCUGCUGAUAAGUCUCUUCUGUACGAGACUGCAGAUGCAGAAUCCAAUAUCAGAGGAAGCCGGAAGAUUGAGCACACACAAGAUCUUAGUUUCUUUGACAAAGCGGCUGUGGAAACUGAAUCAGACCACAUAAAGGGUUCAGUAAACCCAUGGAGACUUUGCACAGUUACUCAAGUUGAGGAGCUAAAAGCUAUCAUUCGCUUGCUCCCCAUAUGGGCCACUGGAAUCAUCUUUGCUGCUGUGUACAGUCAGAUGAGCAAUUUAUUUGUGUUGCAAGGUGAAAGAAUGAAUACUCACGUCGGCAAUUCUGCCUUCAAGAUCCCACCAGCAUCGCUUUCCAUCUUUGACACCCUCAGCAUUAUCUUUUGGGUUCCAAUCUAUGACAGAAUCAUUGUCCCAGUGACAAGAAAAUUUACCGGUCAAAAAAAUGGCCUAACUCAACUUCAGCGGAUAGGCAUUGGCCUCUUCAUAUCAAUAUUUGCCAUGGUAGCUGCAGCGAUUCUGGAACUAGAAAGACUCCGAAGAGUGAGAAGGCACAAGUACUACGAGCUUAAGGAAAUGCCCAUGACAAUAUUUUGGCAAGUUCCACAAUAUGUCCUCAUAGGGUGUGCAGAGGUUUUCACACUCAUUGGACAGCUGGAGUUUUUCUAUGAGCAAGCACCUGAUGCCAUGAGGAGUUUCUGCUCGGCACUACAACUCACUACCAUUGCGCUUGGUAACUACUUAAGCUCCCUGCUGACAACUAUUGUUACAAGUAUAACCACUAGGAAGGGAAAGCACGGGUGGAUACCAGACAACUUAAAUUAUGGCCAUGUUCAUUACUUCUUCUGGCUCUUGGCAGUGCUGAGUGUGCUAAAUUUAGGGGCAUUUCUCUUGAUUGCAAAAUGGUACACGUAUAAAAGGCCACUGGGGACUCUUCGUUGAUUUGGUGCCUUGUAUAUUACUUUCCAUCUGCUUAAAUUGUGUGUACCAGUCCACUCCCUACCCCUUCUUAUGCAUACAGUUAAAAGGCUUCCUCGUGUCCAUGUUUCUAAACGAUUUAAUGAACAAUGAAACAGGUUCAGAAA